CUUUGAUAGAUGGGUAUAAAUGGGCAGUCUGCUGUCUGUGUGGAUCAUUUGGUGUCAGACCUUUAGACCUGCACUGCCACUGAGGACUUUGUGUUUCUUUUUGUCAAGAUUGUUGCUUUUUGAAGGGCAUUCUGUGAGGACUUUCUGAGUGUCUAGCAGCCUCCGCGCUUGUGUUUUACAGUAUAUCAGACAGCUAUGAGUGGUAAAUACAGUGUGGUGUUACAGGGUCCGGCCCCAUGGGGCUUCAGACUGCAGGGGGGGAAAGACUUUAACAUGCCUCUCUCCAUUUCACGGCUGUCAGAUGGAGGAAAGGCUGCUAAAGCAGGAGUGACUGUGGGAGAUCUGGUCCUGUCCAUCGACGGCAUCAGCGCCGACAGCAUGAACCACCUCGAGGCUCAGAAUAAGAUCAAAUCCAACACAGACAAACUAAUCCUCUCCUUACAGAAAGCUUCCAGUCUUCCAAAUCCAGAUGUGGCACCAAAGGAUGAUUCUGUGGAAAUCAUCAAACACGUUCCCAUGACAACCUCCAUUCCAUCUUCCUAUGACAUCACAAACUCCACCCACAUCACUACAUCCUCCAAUAGGAGCGUCCAUCUGUUUGGAGGGGCGGGGUCACCACACAUAGCCUCCAUUCCCUCUGAUGCAUCAGCUUUUGCACCCGCCUCCUCAGCUCAAAACCGUAAUCCACAGACUUCGCCGACUCCUACUGAUGGCUCACCCAAUCAUCUACCAGUGGUGCCCCGCCCUUCAGUGUAUAACACGCCCAUCAAUCUCUACUCCAAUGAGAAUGCCUGUGAGGUUGCCAUGGGCCAGAGGCGGGGCCUUCUGGAAAGCCAGGGUGAAAGCUCUCAGCUGAAUGGAAAACCUGAAAUGAACAGAUUUCCUCGCAAGCCUAUGACAGAGACGGAGACUGACUUCCCGACUCACCACGUCCCGACUCACGGUGAUGCCAGCAGGAAACGCAUCAUGGUGGACACAGAGGACUGGUGCCCACGGACAGGAACUUCACAAUCCCGCUCCUUCCGUAUCCUGGCCCAAAUCACUGGCACUGAAACAGAAUUAGAUCACUCACAGGAGUCAGAAUCAGCAAAGACUACAAAUGAGGAGCUGGAUGAGUCUCAGCCCAGCGCUCAUGUCACCUGUCCCGUUAAGACCAUGAUCAAAGCUCCGGGAACACCUGUGCGAAACACAUCAGGUCUCAUCACUCCUACUUUUGGUGUCAUGAGCAACAGUACUCCUUUAGGCCCCGCCUUGGACCGCCCCAUGCCACGCCCACACCCCAAAGACGAAGCCUCAUUGGUCCAGAUGGCAGAACACAUCCCUGCUGGAACACGCACUCCUGUGUGCGCUCACUGCAACUUGAUUAUCAGGGGGCCGUUCCUGAUGGCGAUGGGGAAAUCGUGGCACCCGGAGGAGUUCACGUGCGCUCACUGCAGUGUGUCUCUGAGCGAGCUGGGUUUUGUGGAGGAACAGGGCUCCGUUUACUGCCAGCACUGCUAUGAGGAGUUCUUUGCUCCAACCUGCGCCCGCUGCCAGUACAAAAUCCUGGGGGAAGUGAUCAAUGCGCUCAAGCAGACCUGGCAUGUGUAUUGUUUCCUGUGUGCAUCCUGCCAGCAACCGAUAAGAAACAAUACUUUUCACCUCGAGGAUGGAGAGCCGUACUGCGAGAGGGAUUUCUACAGUCUGUUUGGGACGGGCUGCCGUGGAUGUGAUUUCCCCAUUGAAGCAGGAGACAAGUUUCUGGAGGCCCUGGGUGGCACCUGGCACGACACCUGCUUCGUGUGCGCAGUGUGCAGCGUCAGUCUGGAGGGCCAGACCUUCUUCUCCAAAAAGGACAAACCGCUUUGCAAGAAACACGCUCACAAUCUCAAAAUAUAAAUACAUUUUUGUAAAUGCAAAAUAUGAAUGUGACUGUGGAAGCUUGAGGAAAAAAAACUAACUAAAAUACACAUUUACAUAUUCAGAUAUGAAUGACUCAUACUCAAAGUAAAAUCACUUCUGAUAUGGUUUGAAUGAAGGAUGAUAACAGCACUUUUGAAACAUGUGUUAGUGUUAUUUUCUUAAAUCAAAUAAGCAUAUUUUCUCUUUCUUAUCUGUCUGUCUUAAAGGGAUAGUUCACUCAAAAAUGAAAAUUGUGUAUGGACAAAAAAUACUAUGGAAGUGAAUGGGGACCAGCAACUGUUUUGUUACCCACAUUCCUAAAAAUAUCUUCUGUUACAGUACAAUAUGUUUAGCUAAAGAAAAAACUCAUAGUAAAUGAUGUCAGAAUUUUAAUUUUUGGGAGAACUAGCCUAUCAAUCUUCUCACUUCACUGAAAUUGUGUGUUAUUUAAUAAAAUAAGGACUUAAAUGCAAAAGAAAUGCACAUUUCCCUUGACAAAAAGCAGUAGGAUUUUGGUUCAUUGCAGAAAUUAAGCUCUGUGACCAACAAAAGUAUGAUUCUUACACAUUUAAUUCUUAUCUAACAGUCAUUCUUGCUCAUUUUAUUCAAUCUAAACAGCUUCUGACAACUCUUUCAGCCUUCAUUUAAAACUAGUAAAUAUCAUUAUAAACACAAUACGUCUGUGAAAGCUGGUUGGAUAAAUUCUUCUGGUUGGCACUGACAAAGUUUAAACUUCUGCUGUCCCAUUUUAGCCACUGUUUAGCACCAGAUGCAUAAAAGGUAAAAACAAUCAUAAGUAUUACUGAUGUAUUUUAUGUUGUAGAAUAAAAUAUGAAAAUAUCUUGAUCAGACCUUAUUUCAGACAUUAAAAAAAUUAAGUUUUUAGGAUGAUGAAGUUGCAAAAAUUCAAUCUAGUUUCCAGGUUUUAGAACUCAGCGCUCCAUUGCCAAAAUAUUAUCAAAAGGCUUACGUUGUUGCACACUUAUAUAGCAAACUUCACAACAUAUCGUCUGAGAGGUUACAGGAGUAUUAAAUAAGUAACAUAAUGAAAUGAAAACUCGUCAAAUGAUCAGCUGUUUUUAAAGUAAUUAUGCAACCAGAAAUUAAAUGAACAAAAAAGGAAUUUAUAGCAGAAAACAGACUCAUGAAGGUUUUUUUUGUCACUUUUGCAUGUCUUUUCCAAACCGCACAUUUUGUGUUUCACAGUAGAAGGAAAUUGUAUGCAUUUGUGAAAGUGAAUUGAAGGGAAGUGUAUUCUCUGCGAUCAUAUGAAAUGCUUGUUUUAUAUAAAUUUUAUUUCGUUAAUGAUUAU